AUGAUCAGCUUCAAGGGAUCAGUGACACUCCAGGAUGUGGCUGUGGAAUUCACCCCAGAGGAGUGGCAGCUGCUUGACUGUGAUCAGAGAACCCUGUAUUGGGAUGUGAUGUUGGAGAACUUUAGAAACCUCAUCUCAGUGGGAACAGGGUGUCCAGUUACUGAAACAACAGUGAUAUUCAGAGUGGAGCAAGGACAAGAACCAUGGAUGGUGGAGGGAGAGGACUCACGUUGGAGCUCUCCAGAAGCUGACUGCCCACUUGUUGAUGAAUCAGACAAGCACCAGAAAAGCAAAGACAAUUUUUUAAAUUCAGUUUUGUUCAUGUUCAAUAAAAUUCUGACUGUGGAGAGACUUCAUGGUUAUAAUAUGAGCACAAGUCUUAAUCCUACAAGAAAAAAGUCAUAUAAAU